GGACAAGUGGAAAUGGUGGGGAAUAAAAUUGGUAAUCCAAGCAACAAAGCUCAGCUAAAAAGGUAACAAUUUUAGACAUCCAUUUCUGUACCUUUGACUGUUGCCCCCACAACCCCUUCUCUCCAAUACAGUUUAGAGUGAGGAUAUAAUCAAGAUUCAAGGAAAUGGAAGUGGGUCAGUUGCAGAGGAGCUUUGUUGAAUACAUGGCCUCUUUGUUUCGUGAGGGAUUCUUGGAUGGUCAGUUUAGUCAGCUUCAGCAACUGCAGGAUGAUAGUAACCCUGAAUUUGUAGUUGAAGUUGUGUCUCUUUUCUUUGAAGAUUCAGAAAGACUUCUCAAUGAUCUCACCAUGGCUUUAGAUCAGCCCAAUGUGGACUUUAAGCAGGUUGAUGCUCAUGUUCAUCAGCUCAAAGGUAGCAGUUCCAGUGUUGGUGCUCAGAGAGUGAAGAAUUGCUGUGUACUUUUCCGUAACUGCUGCGAAGAACAGAACACUGAAGCGUGCUUGAGAUGCUUGCAACAAAUAAAACAGGAGUACUUGCUUGUGAAGAACAAACUCCAAACUUUAUUCGAGUUAAGCUACUAAAAAUCUCAUAGAUACCUACGUAACUCACCUUCUUCUCGACAACAGUUGGAGCAGCAGAUUGUAGCAGCUGGAGGAGCAAUUCCCAUGGUGCAAUAACUCAAUGCUUACGGGAUUAGCCCUAGCUUACUGAAUUCCGUUUGCAGAGAAGAGUUUUCUUUUAGUGAUUUCCUUGUGGAUUCACAUUAUCAACUUUAGCCAUCAGAUUCUCUAGGUGGUCUAUGCUUGCUGUAAAUUAUUGAUGAAACAGUGCUACGUUUUAUCAACUGAUACCUAUCUCGCUGUUUUUAAAUGAAGAAAAAAAGAAACCUUGCUAUCUGUUC